AUGAUCACAAAAAUACCCCUGCAAUACUGUUCUGAUGACGAUUACAAUGACAUCGACUCUAACCUAAGGAUUAGGGAAAUUAAUCUGAAUAAAGAAUGUCCGCGACAUCAACGAUGCUAUUACUUAUAUAAAAAUAAUUUAAAUAGGCAUGUGUUGUGCGUUUAUUAUGUGCAGGGCGUACCAAAACACCUAAACGAUGUCAGUAAUAAGUGUUUAGCCGACAACAACAAUGCUAUUGUUAAAUGCCAGAUAGAGAGUAUACCCAAAGAUAUAUCACCUUAUAGUAUCAAAGAGUACUCGUGUUGUGGAUCAUAUACGGCACUCAGUUGCGCUAGAAAUAUUGCCAAGAAAAAAUGCACAGCAAAGGAUUACGACCAAGUGUACGAGGUGAUCAGACAGACCAGGAACAAUAUUUACAGCACGUGCAAAGACUAUCAGCGAUGUAACCGAUCAACUAGUUUAGGCUAUAGUAUACCUUUAAUUGCCAUGAUAGGAAGUAGCGCCAAUAAAUAUUUCAAAAGUUAA